AUGUCGGUCCCACACCAGCCACCAGAAAUUCAACCACACCUCCAGUCAGAGCCCCAGCCGCUCCAGUUCUUCAACUACCACGAGUAUCUCGUCAACGACUAUGUGCCCGUCCUGCAAUCCGUCAACCCCAAACACCAGGCCAUCGUCGUGACCAAUUUCCCAAAUAUCUACGCGGCCCUUGGCUCCACCAUGUACAAACACACACGAAUCGUUCGAAUCCCCAGGACCUUCGACACUGUCGACAACCCGGAUCUUGUGCCCCAGUUUUCCACUUUGGAACUCGGCAAGGAGCCCGCUGCCAUCAUCAAACACGAAGAAACACACUUUGAAGUCGCAGGCUCCGCAAACGGAUCAGCAUUUGGCGCAACUUCCCUCACAGUGCUCUCGAACCUUGUGGCACCGGCCGAGCUCGUUGACAUAGUCUCCACCAUCAACACACACCUCUACGCCGCCUUCGACCCGUACGGGUACGCCAAUGCCAUUGAAUCGGUGGUUGACAUUCUCACGGCCACCCUCUACUCCAAAGUAUUCAAUGGACGGCUCCACACCAAACGGCACCUCCAGAAACUACAUGCCUAUAUCGACCACGUAAACGAAACCCACGACACGUUCCAUGUGAUCCAACCGCGUCUUAAUGGAUAUCUGUCACUUGACAUCAGAGUUGCCAAUCCACUUGGGUAG